AUGUCAAACCUCAUGCCGCCCGGCUGGACCGCACAUCAAACCCCCGACGGCCGUUGGUACUUCCACCACGGCCCGACGAACGCCACGCAGUGGCACGCGCCUCCCCCGCAAUCCGGUGGCGCGCCGCCGCCGCCUCCGCCAGGCGCGUACCCCGCACACACAUACCAAUCGCACGCCCCCAAACCCCACGGCCACUCGAGUCACUGCCCGCCCGCCGCCGCCGCCGCGAGCGCGCCGAGCUCCUCGCGCUACGUGUACCGGCACGCGGUGGACUUCAAGCUGAAGGAGAAGCCGUUCUCGCUGUCCGGCGACGACUUCUCGAUCACCAACGUGCAGACGGGCGAGCAGACCUUCAAGGUGAAGGGCAACGCGUUCUCGUUCAAGGACUCCAAGUCGCUGCUCGACUCGCACGGCCGCCCGCUAUACAAGAUGUCCGAGGCGCUGCUCUCGCUGCGCGGCCGAAUGAAGAUCGUCGACCCGAGCUCCGGACGCACCGUCAUCAACCUCCGCCGAAAGGGCUUCAUCCCCCACUUCGGCACAGGCACCAUCCAGGCUUGGCAGGGCGACGAGGAGGCAGGCGCCCCGCUGUACGAGGUCAAGGGAAACCUCGUUCGCAAGGACUUUGUUGUUAGGAGUGGAGGCCGGACCGUCGCCACCGUGCAGAGGAAGCUCUUCACUGCGAGUAACUUCCUCCUCGGGAAGGACACUUACGUCAUUCGCGUGCAGCCCGGCAAUGAUGCCGCCCUGCUUGUGUUCUUCGUCAUUGCUAUUGACGAACAGUAUCGCGAUGAUGGCAACAGCGGCGGCGGCCUGUUUUAGAGAGGGCGUCUUGUUUUUAUUAUUAUUAUUAUGCUUGCUGCAUGUACAAUAGGGAUGCAAGGUAUGCGUGUUGCUGCCACGUUCAGCGUCGCGUUUAUGUACAGUAUAUAUGCUCGUAAAGCCCUACUGCUCGAAAAUGCGUUUCUCUUUGUCAUGGGAGCCAUAAGUGCACACGUAGCACACGCAUGACAGCACGAUCAGCU